UUUCUGUCCGUGUCGUUCAGGCGUGUCACCAAAUAUAGAAUGGAUUGGACGACUGCGCUGCUUCGUGUCUUGGGCUGUUUCGGUGUGUUCUUUCCCAUUACGAGGGAAGUCACUGUUCCAUGCACCGAACCAAGGACUUUUGCUUGCGGAGACGGCCUGUGUGUUCCCCAAGAAUCAACUUGCAAUGGUCCCGCUGAUUGUUCGAUCGCAACUGACGAGAUUUUUUGCCCCUCAUCAAAUUUGCCAGGUUUAUUCAAAUGCAAAUAUGUUGUUGGCGAGUUCUACUUACCUCGUGAUACCCGGUGUUCCGGCACGGUGGAUUGCCCAGGUGGUUCUGACGAACUCGGUUGCGGACCACCUUUCCGAUGCAGAGCGGACCAGUUCCACUGCCGUAUGGACGACUCGUGCAGAGACUACAGAGAAAUAUGUGAUGGUGUACACACCUGCUCGGGAUUCGAUCAGUCUUUCUGUGAUUCGGAUUUUGUCUGCGAUAGAACCGAAUACGAGCUACACCCUCAGGAAAAAACUUUCUUUGAGCACGCGCCAUCAUAUCUUCUCUACCCGGCUGGCUUUUACCGGUGUUCCUGGUUGUUCACAAGCUAUGAGACCGCCUAUAUAUUUAUUGAAAUAGUGACGUUAAAUGUUCCACCCCACGGGAAGUUCGUUGUGUCGGGUGGGGUUGGACAGGAUCCGACGGUGGCUGAGAGUGUGAUUUUUAUCACUGAUGUCCCCUCUGGGGGCGGAAUAGUGUUCAUAGGACGUCCAACUACUACGGCCUGGGUGACAGUGCGAUCAAGCAGGUUCCUACUUUCAUCACACGAAUCGCCGGUAUACUUUGAGCCUUCUUUUGCUAUGGAAAUCUACCAACAGGAAGAAAGGAUUUGUCCUGAUGGAUUGAUUAGCUGUGGAAAUCAGUUGGAGUUAACUGUCUGCAUCACCAGGUCUAGGUUGUGUGAUGGCAAGUUUGACUGUCCAGAUUACUGGGACGAAAGCCAGUGUAACAAUAAUUACUCAGCAGUGUGUGGCUAUCAACAGCACCAAUCCUUGGAUACUAAGGAGACGAGGGAUUUUCAAGUCUUUUUUCCCCAGUUGGCCUUCGACUGUUUGUUUUUCGUCGCUACACCGCCUCAAUCUCGUGUUGAGAUCAAGGCUACGAGAUUUCCUGCUGAUGAUGCAACCUUGACCUUUGGCACAAUGAGCGACAAUGGCACUCUUGAUUUGUCAGCGUCAUUUCUGACGCUCAGUAGUGCUAAAUGGGUCGUGCCUUCGUCGUAUUCACCAGCCGCUGGAAUGUCACUAUGGGUCACAGCAAGUUGGCAUUCCUUCCAGACUACUACACUCGACGGCAUUUCCUUCACCUUAAGGACAUUCAACGAGACGGAAUGCAAGCCAGAUGAGUAUACAUGCUACGGCUCCGAAGUUUGUCUCCCUAUGAGCCAGCGAUGUGACGGAAUCCCACAAUGCCCUGCGCUGGAUGACGAGAGAGGAUGCAAUGGGUGUAAAAAUGAUGUCUUUACCUGUGAUGGCCAGAGAUGUGUGGACGAAAGUCUGCUGUGUAAUGGAUUUGCGCAAUGCCAAGACAUGAUGGACGAGUACCUUUGUGGACACUGUGUAGACACGCCAGGGAUAGACCUUUCCGAUGGAUCACGUCAUCAUAUAUCCUACAGCCCUUACAGCAGCCACCCAGGGGACUGCCUGUUUCUCCUGACGGCAAGAGCUGAUCACCGGAUAACUGUUCGACUACGGAGUAUACCACAGUCACAUCUUAAAUAUCCCAAUCUGUAUAUCGCUAUGGGUGAAGGUCAUGACAUCUUGAACCAGUCCACGAUGGUACACAACAUCGACUUCUCCCACUCUGACGUGAUACCUUAUCGGGAAGCUGUGACGUCAGUAGGAUCCUUAAUGUGGAUCAAAUACAAAUUUGAAGCUCCACCAAAUGAUCAAUUGAAAACCUUGGAAUCGCAGACAAUCCACUUGGAACUAAUGCACACCAGGAGAGCAGGAUGUCCGGGUGGUGGACGCGCAUGCAGUUCAGAAGAAUGCAUCAGCGAAGCGUAUGCUUGUGAUAGUUAUAUCGAUUGCUUAGACUACAGUGACGAAAUUGGAUGUGGUGCUUGCUCUGACAACGAAUUCCUUUGUCUUUCUGAAAGUAAAUGCAUUCAUGUGACGAGUUUAUGUGACACAGUGUUGGACUGCUCAGACGGAUCAGACGAGUCAAUGUGUGGUCCGUGCGGACGAAACUUGAUUGACCUUUCAAAGCAGACGGCUCGUGAAUCGGGACAAUUCUACAUCGUGUCUUCUCCAUUUUACCCACGGCCACCCCCUGAAAACUUCGAGUGCUCUUGGAGGGUAAUAGCGCCCCCAGGAACUCGGGCCUUGGCAAGAAUCGAGACACUUCACCUGGGGACAAGUAGACUGAAUUUUGGCUGGGGUAUGAACCCGACCAGCGUGAACUCCUCGAUUGGGCCUGAACUCAGUGGCCAAGACAUCCCUUUAGUCCUAAUUGCCUCUAGAAACAAACACCUGUGGAUAAAUUUCCUUUCCAAAUGGGGAGAAACAAGCAACGGAUUCUCCAUUAGUAUUACGCACAGGAGAACAGUUAGCUGUAACGAAGGCCAGACGAUGUGUGGAGAGCCUGAUACGAUAUGUCUAACACAAAGUGCAAGUGACUAUCAACUGUCCUACCUGUGUGGAUUGGAUGUCUGUGGUGAGCGGAAUAUCUACCUGGAGCCUGACCUUCCCUACACCCUCACAUCUCCUAAUUACCCUCAGAAAUAUCCUAAUGAUCUGAGGUCCAGGAUUAGAGCUCGGGGAUGUUGCUGA